UAUUUAUUUGAUUACAUAUUGGUGUUUUGAUUAUCACUAAAUGUAUGAAUUUUUAUUUCCUCAGUGAGGAUACUUUGGAGAAAAAGAAAAAUAAAUUUCUAUAUACCACUGUCUGUUAGAUACACAAUGUCUAACGUGGGAUAUGAUCUCGACACUUCUGGCGGACUUAUGCCGCUGAUUCGAGCACUAAUAAAGCCGCCGGACGAGGAGAUAAGCACUCAAAAGCCAAAAAAGGCCCAUCACCCGUACUACAAACGGCCAGGAAAAGGGCAUAAUCAUGAUUCGUGUGAUGCGUGUGGUGAAGGUGGUGAUCUGAUAUGCUGUGACCGCUGUCCAGCCAGCUUUCACCUUGGAUGCUAUGACCCACCCCUGGAUGAAAAUGACAUUCCAGCAGGCUUGUGGCUGUGUAAGGAGUGCUGUGGCAGUGAUGAGAAGCAAGCCAGCACCCGAUCCAGCCGUGCUCAGUCUCCCUCAGACAAUAAAUCGGACACUGAUAAGAAAACCAGAUCACAAAGAAACAGUCGUGCAAACUCACUCAGUAAGAAAAAGAAAGAUGACAAAGAAGAAGUAGACAUCAAGAAAGAGCUGGAACCUGAACAUGAACUUUCACCAAUGGAAAUACUGGUGAAGGCAGCCAAGGUCAUGAAUCCAAAACAGUUUGAGUUGCCGCGCGAAAUGAAGAUCCCCUGCAUUUUUCCUGGAACUGAAAAAGAGGGAAACGGCAAGAAUGGUAACGGCGUAGUAUCUGUGGAUGCAUGGGGUUGCGUGCCACUGCCAGCAAAAUCUUGCUUCGUCUGUCGUGCUACUUGCAAGCUGGCCCCGCUGUUGCAGUGUGACUACUGCCCCCUAUUAUUCCAUCAGGACUGUUUGGAUCCACCAUUGACUGCUCUUCCCACUGGACGCUGGAUGUGCCCGAAUCACGUUGAACAGUACAUCGACUGGAAAGUGGUGCGGUCCAUCUCUGCAACAGAGCGUGCUGCUUUGUGGGAGCGAUUUAGUGGGCCUGUAGAUCAGCACGCAGUUAAGGUGGAUUUCAUUCGCCGCGCUCGGAACCCUAGACCCGCUUUUCGAGUAAAGGUACCGGUGGGUAUGCGAGGGCGUGUUGUUGUACCUCGUAUGGUACGGUUGCAUUACCGUCGACCGCCACCAUUGCUGCCAUCGCGUCGCGAACACGUGCGGUGCGAGAAAGUACUCAAACAUCUGAAAGCUGGUGGUUCAUACGAAGAUUCCGAAGAUGAAGACGUGACGCAAAUAUGCAUGAACCUCUCAUGCCCGGAAUAUACUGGAGAAGGAAAAUGUCCAUUACAAACACCAAAAUUAAAGGGCGCUACUAAAAAGGACGCAGAUGAAGAUCUGAAAGCUAUAGAAGAGAAUGAGCCUAAGUUGGAAAGGAACUCGGAUUCGAGUGACUUUUCAGAUUCUGAUUUUGAACACUUGACAACAUCCGUCAAGAAGCGUAAAGUUUCACAAAGUGAAGACAAGAGUCCAGGCAAGCGAGGCCCUAAACCUCAACGUUUGGAGCUCUGUGCUGAAGAAGGCGUCGAGGAACUGCUGGCAACUGUUGAAGAACAGCUCCAGAAGUUAGAUGAGAGACUUAUAAAACUGCUAGCUUGGCAACGGCUGCAACAGGUUGCCGCUGGCGAAGCGGGUGCCGGUCGCUGGCGCCGCAGCGGCACAGGAACGUGGGGUACCCGUGCCGCCUCCGCGUUACGCGGUGCAACACGAGCGAGGCUCGCUAAGCUCGGCGUGCGACGAUUGCCGCUGCCGUCGGAGUUGCUACCGCGCGCGGACCGCGAGCGGAUUGCGGCUGUGGUGUGGGGCCCCGCCCCUCCGCCCGCGCCCACCCCCGUGCCCAAACCCCCGCACCCCGCGCUGGACCUGGCUGAUGCUCUUGUCAAAGCUGCUUUGUGCGAGCUCAAGCCACCAGCCAGAAAUGGCGGAGAAGCGGCGUUGGGACGCGCGAUCCCGAUGCGUUUGUCUGCUCUUAGCGUCGGCAGCGACGGUGCGUGCGACGUGGUGCUGGACAGCCGCUGUCGCCGUGUGUCGCCGCGACACGCGAUAAUUUUUUGCGAUGAGGUGACCCGUCACUUCGAGCUGAUUAAUUACUCCGAGUGGGGCACCCGUGUUAACGGCGUUCUGUACGCGUGCGACCUGUCCCACGGGGAGGGCGCGACAGGAGACGCAACCGACGACGCGGAAUCGCGAGCGCAAGCGUUGCGUCAAGUCGUACGAUCCAGGAGGACCAAACCACCACGGCUCAACGGGUCUCUCACUGUGGCAGUGGAAGAAGAGAUGGACUGCAAGUGUCCUGGCGCUCCGCCUCCAGCGAGCGCGGCUUGGGAGGGCUCCGCCUUGGUGCCACACGGCGCCCUGUUGCAGUUCGGCUGUCGCAUGUACGUGUUCAGCAUCACUGACCACCAGACCUUCCCGCACCAGCCGGAGGUGGAUGAGCCCGCUCUGUGAACUUGUGAAUGUGUUAAAGACUUUAAUGGUUCUGCACGGCGCCACGAUUAAAGUGUUCUGUAUCAUUUACAAUGACAUUAUGACCACAUUGUGUACUACACAGAGCCCUGUUGCAGCUUGGGUACUGCUUGUGUGCGUUCAGCAUCACUGACCACCAGACGUUAUAUAGAAUAUUAAAAAAAAUUAUAUUAAAUUUAAAAAUUCUCCAUGUACCCAUUCAUUAGAAAGUUAUUUUAUCCAGAAAUAGCAUUCUCUAUAUUUCUUGACAGUAAGAUGAGCCUGAAAUAUUAGUAUUUGUUAAAAAAGCGCUAACUUGCUUUAUCCGCGUGCGCUGACUAAAUGAUUCUUCAUACGUUAAAGUUCAUAAAAAAAAAUCUGCCAUACCGUAUAACUAUCUGUAAUGAUAAAGCUAUUGUCAUUUUUAGCCACAGAAUAGUAAUUCUUACAAAAGGAGGCGUUCAAUGUAUUAAAGACUAUCUUAUGUAGAUAGCUCUUGCUCUUUACAACAUGUUCCUUGGUCCCAUAAACUUAAAAUUACGGUACGUCUUUACAUCUUUUAGAAAGUUAUCUGCCUGGCCAAUAAAACAUUUUAUUACGACCCU